AUGGCAGAGACAGACCCCAAAACUGUUCAUACACUUCUCCAGCAGAUGCAGGACAAAUUUCAGACCAUGUCAGACCAGAUAAUUGGCCGAAUUGAUGAUAUGAGCAGUCGCAUUGAUGAUCUGGAGAAAAACAUCGCUGACCUUAUGACCCAAGCAGGGGUGGAAGAAAUAGAAGGGGAAAACAAAAUACCAACAAUACGUAAUAGUUAA